AGACGAAAGUUUAGAGAGGUUUUUCAAGUUUGUUUGUUUUGUUUUAACUCAUCAAUAAAACCUACGUGAUUGCCAGCUUGUAAGUGCACUUACUGUGAAUCAUUUUUGUCUGGUUAGUUUAUGUAGUUCUCUCCUAAUCUAGACCGAUAUUUCAGUUUCAGUUGACACUCAUCAGCCAAUUACCUCUUAUCGUUGAAAUUGUUAAAUAUUCCUGUGCUUGGUGAGUAAAUUGUCACCACCAAACUUACGUGUCUUCGUGCUUUUUUUACAACUCAUCCACCCUUUCCACGAGAGUCUGUCAACGGAUGGACAUCACAUUCUCGAGGAUGUUCUUCCUCUUUGUUUAUUUAUCCUUGCUUGCUUUUGGAAAUGGAAUUUCAGUUGAAGAGAUAUUAGAAAAAAAAAUUAGGAAAAUGAAUCAGCUUACUACCAGUCAAUCAUAUAUCAGUCUUGAUACUGAUCAGUUUAAUCUUCUAAUAAAAUCACAGCCUAGGAAUUACUCAGUUAUAUUACUUCUGACUGCCUUAAGUUCUAAUAGGAACUGUGCGCCCUGCAGACAAGCAUUUGAAGAGUUUCAAGUUGUAUCGAACUCUUGGAAGUACUCUAAGCAGCGUGAUGAUCGGUUGUUCUUCGCGAUUGCAGACUUUGACAAGGCACCUGGUGUCUUUGAGUUUCUACAUCAAGAAACUGCGCCUGCGAUUGUGUUUGUAUCACCUAAAGGAAAUAUAAAGCAAUCGGACUACAUGGAUAUUACGGUUAAUGGAUUUUCUGCUGAGGCGAUCAUGCGAUGGAUAACUGGAAUUACCCAAAUCCAGAUUCGUUUAUUCCGACCUCCAAAUUAUACUGGAACCAUGAUACUUGCCCUUUUUAUGUCCCUUGGGGCUGCGGUUUUGUAUUUCCGUCGAAUCAACUUGGACUGUCUAUAUAAUCGUUCAUUAUGGAGUGCAAUAUCGUUGAGUAAUACCUCAAUCCAGAUUGUUUUGGGUAUUCGACAGUUUAACCGUUAAGGAUUCGUGAGAUUAACUAUCUUCUGAAGCUUAUAGAAUUCGAUAGCGUAGUUAAUUUUUGUAGUAUACUUAUUCUCAUGUUAGUAAUUUUGCCUUAAGUACCCUCAAUAACGUGAUGUUUUUUUAUGCAUUUUAUGUUGCAAGAUGCUGUUAAUAGUCAUAAGAACCAUUCCCUUCAAAUGACUAGUUUGUCCUUUAAAUACUCGCAUAUUUUGAUUUAAAAGUGUCAAAAAAAUAAUGGAAUACCGUUAAAACGGUUAGCUAUUUGCAUACUAAAAUAUAACAACCAGAAUAAAUAAUUUUUAUGGUGAAAACAAAAGUUGAUGUUUAUUACAAACGUUCCACUCAACUGUUUCAUUCUCCUGAUAUCCAUCUUUGUGUGCAAAAUACUUAUGAAAUUUAGUCAUUUUUGAACUCAACUCAGUUUCUCUGAGCUUUAUUAUUAUUAGUGGGUUUAUUUAAUAUUAUACUUUAGAUACGAUAUGAAAUUCUCAGCACAAAGUGUUUCAGCAAGUUUCUUACACAAAAAAACAAAGACAAACAACUGCGUACAUGUGUACAUAGUCAGUCAGUCAGUCAGCUACAA